AGCCAGUCGGGCUGCUCCUCGGUCAGUGCUGCCAGUGCGUUCGUAUUGUGUUGCACGAUUUAAAAAUAUGUACGGUAUUCAUUUAAAUAUUUCGCUAAUAUGACGUGGUUCCAGUUAACAUUUCUUUUAUUACUAUAUCCAUACAUUAAUAGUAAAGCUACAGAUAAUAUAACAACAAUAUCCACACUGGAUGUGUCACCAUACGCGCCGUGCUCCCCUCUUCGACCUGGUGACGUUGACUUCCAGACAGUAGACUUGAUAGCGGUGUACAGAUUAGACCAGCCUGAUACAACUGGAGUCACAUUGGUACAAGGCUCACAGGAUCUGCAGCGAGCGUACAGAAUUGGCGAUGGAGCUAAUCUUACGUUACCUUUGAAAGAAGUUUUCCCGAACGGAUGGCCGGAACAUUUCAGUGUGGUGGCGACGUUCAACGCGCAAGGUCUUCAAAGACCAUGGAGCCUCAUUAGAGCACGAGCACGCAACCUCCUGUUCUCAUUAACUUUGUUACCGAAUUUAAAGAAGUUAAGCGUUUACGUACAAACUUCUAGAGUCGUAUUUGAUUGUCCUGAGCUCUUCACAUCUGGAUGGCAUAAAAUACAUGCAGCGGUUACAGAUGAUGCCGUUCAUGUUGCCAUUGAUUGUAAUGAAUUGUUACCUGAAAAGAUAAAGAAACACGACUUCCGAAAUGCUACAUCGGUUUCCAUUGUAACCAAUGAUGAUGGUACUCCAGCACCGAUAGAUCUUCAAUGGUUGUCAUUGAGUUGCAACCGGUAUAAUUUAACAGAGGAUAGUUGUGAGGAAAUUGAAUUAUCUGAACCUUUGACAGUCACUGUUCCUUCGCCGCUUAUAUCACCCGAGUCGUCUCCCAACUUGCAAUCUUUAUUGCCGGUCACUUGUAACGAAACAUGUCCUCCAGGUCCCGAAGGUCAGAAAGGCGAUAAAGGGGAACAGGGUCCUAGAGGUUACACAGGGCUACCGGGUGUACGAGGAAUAGAAGGGCCACCGGGGCGUGAUGGAUUAACUGGUCCUAAGGGUGACAGAGGUGAACCAGGUCCACCCGGCAGCAUUAUCAAUGGAACAAUUGGUCCUGGACCUCCGGGCGAAAGGGGGAAACCAGGACCUAAAGGUGACAAAGGCGAUACAGGACAAAAAGGUGACCCAGGAGAGGCUGGUCUUGUUGGAUUAGCGGGGUUGCCCGGUGAUGAUGGUAAAGAUGGUUAUCCUGGUCCACCGGGCCCCGUGGGACCCCCUGGUGUACCGGGGAUACAAGGCCCACCUGGACCUCCUGCUAAUAUUAAUGCUUCAUUAAUACACGGUGCAAAAGGUGAAAGGGGUUAUCCCGGUCGACCAGGUCGUGAUGGCGACCCAGGUGCUAGGGGUCCUCCAGGAGUGGAUGGAGUCCCGGGUCUACCAGGUCCUCAAGGCCCACCGGGGGUACCAGGUCAAACUGGUGAACGAGGUCUACCGGGACUGAGAGGUGAUACUGGAGAAAAGGGAUCCGAAGGACCACCAGGUCCCGAAGGUCCGCGGGGUCCACCAGGUCUUCCUGGAGCUGCUGCCGCGAUAGCAGAGCAGGUCGCCAUACCGGGACCCCCCGGACCACAAGGCGAAAGAGGACUUAAAGGUGAUCAAGGAUUUCCCGGUGUACCUGGCAGAGAUGGCGUAGACGGAAUUCCGGGAACUCCAGGACAGAGAGGUCCGCCCGGAUUACCUGCAUCUAGUAAUAUUGUUGCUCAGCCAGACUCGCUUACUGAAAUGGCAGUUAGAAAUAUAUGUGAAGAUUUAAUUAGAGUGCGUAUAGCAGAGUUGAUGGAAAGGUUGACAACUCAAACUACACCGACAAUAAUUUCUAAAAGAGGCCCGCCUGGUAGAGCGGGCGCACCUGGCUUACCAGGAUUACCUGGAGAACCCGGAAUGCAAGGGCCCCGAGGUUAUCCAGGAGAAACUGGUGAACCCGGUCGACCCGGCAGUUCAGGACCUAGUGGCGAGAAAGGAGUUAAAGGGGAGAGGGGUCAGGAGGGGAUUGGAAUUCCAGGACCUGAGGGACCUAGAGGUGUUCAAGGUCCUAUAGGACCCCCUGGACCUGACGGGAGGAUCGGACAACGCGGUGAUCCUGGACACCCGGGUCCAAUAGGUCCUCGCGGUGUGCCAGGACCUCGAGGGAAUUAUGAUUGUCCAGUAGCGGCAUACUACGCGUACUCACCCAUUGGAAACUUUAAAGGCCCAUAGAUGACAAUUCUAGUCUUCUAGUAAUUUGUUAUGAUUCUUAAUUGAUGG